AUGUCUAAGCUUUUAAGAUUUGCCAUUCUCAUUCCCCUAAUAUUCUCCUUUGUCGCCUUCGUCCUGACGAAUUUGGCGCUGUUUUCUGGAAACCAAAAGGGUUUCUUGGAAGAAUAUGCCGUCAUCAGAGUAAGCAAAAACCUGCUUAAUUCUCAAUGUCUGGGUACCAAGUCGGACAGCAGCAACGACGACAAGGGUGACGAGAGUCUCUGGGACAAGCUCAAGGACAAGGUUGACGACCUUGGAGACGAUGCCAAGGGCAAGAUCAACGACAUCGCGGGCGACAUCAUCGGCGACAUUGCCGAUGAGCUGGGCGUCAGUGAUUGGUACUCGCUCCACGUCAUGAACGCUUGCUGGGGAGGCUUCGGGCCAAACGCAACGACAUCGCAUUUCCAGCUCAACGUCACCAACUGCACUCAGUCAGCUGCCAAGAUCCGGUUCAAUCUCACAGAGAUCAUGGACCACCAGCUCUCCCUCGGGCCCUUCCACAUCAGCCUCGAGAGUAUCAAGUGGCCAGGCUCCAUCCAGCUCAAAAUCGCCGCUCUCAACAGCGCCCUCAUGGCGCUCUUCGUCUUCUACGUCCUGGGAGUGGGCUUCAGCGGCCUCUCCAUGCUGGCCUGCAUCCCGGCGUUCCUCUUUGGAGACAAGCGAAUCAUCCUCAUGAUGAACACGGCCCUCGCAUCGCUUGGCGCCGGCGUCAUCACCCUUGCUAGUAUCAUCGCCACAGCUGCCUCUUCAAUUGCCGUCAAUGCGAUCAACACCGAGGGCAAGCCAGUUACCGUGGUGGCUACCAAGGGCACAAAGUUUUACGGUCUCACAUGGAGCAGUACAAUUUUGAUGAUGCUGACGACGGGAUUCUGGGUGACCAAGUUUAUGCUGAUUUGGAAGAAGGAGAAGAAGGACCGCGAGAGGUACUCCAAGGAGAGGUUCUAA